AUGUACAAGGACGGUUUAGUCAAGUAAUACCUUGGUGAUUCAAAACAUUCUGCUUUAUGUUCCCCAGUAACUCUUUUUUGGUGUGUGGUUGCACCUUGGUUUGUACAGCCUCAUUAGUCCUUAGCAGAGAUAACGUUGGAAGCAGUGCUAUUAGCUAUUAGUGCUAUAGUACUAUUAGUGCUAUUAGUGCUAUUAGCUAGCAGUGCUAUAAGCUAUUAGUGCUCAGUUGUGGGCAACUGAUUUGUGAAGGCAAGAUCGCCUGUUUGUAUGCCGUGCUUUGCAUCUUUCAGGCAGCAGUUAUUUUAAAGAUGCAGAAGAAGACUACAUAAACCGUCAACAUAGUUACCAUAAGACUGAAGACCCGAGAGUAGACGCAACUAAGACUGAAGAAAGUAAACUUCACAUCGUAUGGUUAUACCUGAAGAUCUAUGGCAGCGGAAAUGUGUAGCGAAUGCUCUCAGGUGUAACAAUAAAAUCACGCCAUGGUCUGGCCUAGUCCGGACGCGCACUUCGAUCGGCGACGUCCGCAACCCGAUACAAAGGAAGCUCGACAGAUCGGUGGCCUGGCGUACGUGUUCGUCGCGCACAGAGCGACGCAUCCUUCGCUGCUCGAGACACGGCGUGGACACGGUCGUGGUACGAGCUUUUCAUCUCUCAAUCAAUAAUACCCCUCCAAAAUUGACUCGACUUAUGGUGUUGCAACUUCCGUUCACUGUUAAGCAGCAUGCACCGGUUGAAACAGCAGAGCGGCUCGGCGAGCACCGACGAGUGCUUCUCCUGCACUUCGAGCUCGAGCGGAGACGACGACGACGUCACGCUUGACGGGGCGCUAUCCGAGUCCCCGCUGCCACGCUUCAGGGACGAAUCCGCGGCCCAGCUGAGGCUCGCGAAGGCCGGCUGCCGAGACAUCGGGCGGCAGGGGAGGAACUGCCACACCUACAGCAAAGGGGCAGGCUUCUCCCUGGGCAACGAUGGCGACUCCUCGCACUCGGCAACGGCGAAAUCAAGGUCAUGGAGGCACGUCUCCAGGACCGUGGACACGUACGCGCUGUCUCAGCUGCUCGACUGCUCCGACACAGAGGCCCUCUUCACGCUCGUCCUCAUGGGGGGCAACCUCGACGCGCUGCUGGAGAACGCCGCGCUCGACUGCGCAGCGCUCAACACGCUUCUCGCUUUGCUCGUCAAGGCGUGCGCGUGCCGCCAGACUGAACACCUGAGACUACUACUGGGAACCGUGGCGGCCAACAACAGGUUCCUGCGGAACGUCGAGCAGCAGCUUGUCUGCAGACGGAGGUUUCCGGCCUUUUGGGACCAGUUCGUGGUACCUCUGGUGACGGUCGUAGAGAAGUCAGUGAAACUGCUUCCACAUGAUGGAAAGAAGAACCUCUGCGGCAUCGCUGCCGCUUUACUAGAUUUGGUCAACAGCAGUCUGCAGGACACGCAGCCUAUCGACGCGAGAGUCGUGGAAGCGGUAGAAAGUGUUGGCACACACUUGGCCGAGGCGAACAAGCUCGAUUUUCGGCGAGUCGGUGGGAGGACACAUUACGCCUCGUUUCCCGGUGACGGGGACGCUGGAGAGAAGACAUCCGUGCUGCCAGCGGACUUCAUUCAAAGCGUGCAACUGGGCGAAACAGUAGACGUCGGCUCUUUUCGUCCAGCCACGACAGCUGAAUACAUAAAGGCCCAGUACAGCCUCCUCAAGCAACUCUUUCUGUUGCCUUUGGAGAAAGUUUUGACCGCGCUGCAAUCGUUCCCGUCCUCGGCUGAAGCCUGUAACCCUGUCAUUUACACAAAGGUCAAGAUUGGUCCUCCCAUAUGCACGUUCAACGGCGUCGGCAACAAAGUAAACUUCACCAUCGUAGAUAGCCGAGAUUGUGAGUCCAAGCUGCAGCCUGGAUGCAUGAUUUGCAUAAGCAACGAUGGCUUUGAAACAGUCUUCUACGGCACGGUACUGUGGCGAAGUUUCAAAGACAAAGAACGGGGGCACAUGGUUGCUUCCUUUCCCGAUCCUAGGAGGCUGGAGGCCGUGACUUCCGCGCGAGGCUUUGUCAUGACGGAGUGUCCAGAGUUUUAUGAAGACUAUACUUCUGUCUUUGGCGUGAUGAAAGAGUUUGAGAAGACACAGCUGCAACUGCCUUUCAGAAAAUACGUUGUUGACAGACGCAGCGAUGCCGCUGCGCCUGGCUACAUGAACAACAACACCGUUUUUGACAUGAAAGCACUGUUCCAAAAGAGUGUAUUUGUACGCCCGCACAAGGACAGAGAUUGGCCGAGCAACGAAGAGACUGAACUGGACCGCUACCAAUAUGAUUCUGUUCAGACGGCAGUUUCGAGGGCUGUCACGCUUGUAGAAGGAAUGCCUGGAACAGGCAAAACGUUCAUGACGACGCGGCUCGUAUCUGUCAUGUUGGACAACAUAAAUGUCUCCCAUGCGGGUCCCAUCUUGAUCGUAUCAAAGGACAAGGAAAGCAUCUGCUCGCUUAUGGCACACUUUGAAGAAGUGCUGGACGACGUUGAAGUCGUCAGCGGAGACAGCGAUAUUUUUCAAAUGACAAAGAAAGUGCUGUCUGCCGGACCAAACCCUGAAGUAGUCGAGCCAACACCUUUGCGCUUGUUGAGACGACAUGUCGACGAGCUUCAACAACUGAAGUCACGAACUAGGAACCAGCAAGAUCAUCUAAGACGCAUUCCGUCUAGGCUUCUAGGAGAGAGCGAGCUUAAAUCUGUGAUGAGUGACAAGCACUACAAGAGCUUGUUUUUCACGAUGGUCACUGGGGCUGAAGACAAGCUGAGAGACUGGCUGCUUGCUGACAAUGAAGAUGUUGUAACAAGGUUUUCUUCAGGCCACCACUGUUCUCUGUCUGAGGAUGAAGUGUGUUACGUUAGUGAUGUGUGGGCGCUUGACAUGGAGAGCAGGUAUCGGCUCUACGGCUACUGGAGGGACAAAUAUUGUGAGAGGAAAUCACGCGAGUGGCUCGAUUUGGUAGGAAGGUUCAAGACACUACUUUUGCUAAAGGACGAAGUGGAAGAAAAGUUACAGUUCGAGGCCCUUCGCGUACCGAAGAUUAUAGGAGCAACUCUCUCUUCGCUACCUAAAAUAUGGAAGACACUUAGGGAUAUUAAGCCACAGAUCAUUAUUGUGCUAGAAGCACGUUCAAUUCCGGAGCCCUUCAUGUUUCCAGUAAUAACACUUAACCCUCACCACAUUGUUUUCAUUAGUGAUACACAAAAUGUUUUCGAUGUGCAGGAAGAUGUUGGUGCAGCUCAAGACUCGUUAUUUGAGCGUCUUGUGAAACAAGGGGUCGCCUGCUGUCAGCUUUUGACACAGUACCAACUCAACCCAAGCACAGCAAAAAUUUUAGAUGCUUUCAAAACAAAAAAUAUUCUUGAAAGGUAUGAGUUCAAGACCGAACUUUCCGACAUACGGGGAGUGUCAUCGAACUUGCGUUUCAUCGACCACUCCGUGUGCUACGACAGGGACAAUAUUAUCGCGUGCGCUCUCGAAGCAGAAUUCUUGGCAUCGCUGGCAAAGUACUUGCUCCUGCAGGGGUACCACCCAAGCCAAAUCUCCGUGUACGCGCCCACCGCGGAUCAAGUUGAACUGAUCAAAUCUAACUUGUGCGGCCUGGAAGAAGAGCCUGCGGUCACCACAGUGGACAAAGCUAAAGGCCGCAAGAACACCAUUGUCCUCAUGUCCUUCUCGUGUCCCAACACGACGCACGACAUCAACGCCUCCUGCAGGGACCACUACAGCGCCAUCGCGUCUUCCACGAUAGGAUUCUACUGCAUUGGCAAUAUUACGUACUUGUCGGAUAGCACCAAAACAUGGAAGCAAGUUGCUCCCGUUCUUUACGCAGAGGGUCUGGUGGGGCCGCUAGAGCUCAAGUGCCAGCUACACCCGGAGAAGACCACAGCCGUGUCGAAGGCAAGAGACUUCGCUGAUGUGCUUGACGGCGGCUGCAGUACGCCGUGCAAUGCCUUCCUGUCUUGCGGUCACCAGUGUCCCAAAACAUGCCACCUUACGGACAAAGACCACCAGCAGACCGUGUGCACCAAGCCUUGCAAGAAGCUGCUCUUGUGCGAUCACCCUUGCAAGGCACUGUGCGGAGAACCUUGUCCGAGUGAGUGCUACGUCAUGGUGAACGCGCUGAGUCCCUGUGACCACGUCGUUAGGGUUCCCUGCUCGGCCGUGCUCAAUGCGCACGAGGUGCGCUCCCAAUGCACCGAAGUGUGCGGAAAGAAGAUCAGCAAAGGCGUCCGCUGCACGCGAAAGUGUCGCGACUGCUUUCUCGAGAGCACGCACCUUAACGACGAUGUCUACUUCGAAGAGGAGCCCUCAAUCUGUGCGAGCUGCCGAAUCAUGUGACGGUUUAGAAUUUUUUUUAAUUUCUGACUUUUUUUGCAUACAGAGCGUUGUACAUAGUCUUCUUCGACCAUUCGGAAAGUUCCUGUUUUGUUUUCAUUUUGUAGCUGCAGCCAGUUGAAAAGUACUUUCUCAUGGAAAUAAAAGAACAUAAAAGCUGU